UCCGCUUGGUAGCCUGAUGGGGAAUUGGGGAUGACGGCUUUGCGUAAGAACUUAUCAAGGAUCCACAUAUUGACGAAAAAAAAAAUCAAGGAUCCACAUAUUGCGGUAAGAGUAAUUUAAUAACUAAAUAUUACAAUUCAACAGUUUAUGCCCAGUUGUGUAGAUUUUUGUUUUGUAAACUGCAUUCCCCAGUUGUAUAGAUUUGUAGAAUUUUAAUUAAAAAGAAUAAAAUAGUUAUGGUAUUUUCUUAUUUGCUGAUUAUUAAUAGAAUCAAUUGAGGUAUACACGUUUUUUCUAUGCAAUUAUUCAACUUUCCUUUUGACUUUCUAUUGCUCAAUCUUUCUUUGCAAUUUUGUAACGAUUUUCUGCAUUCUAUUCCAUAUAAAUAAUCUCCACUUUUCUUUUUAGUUUUCUUCCUUGGAUCCCACCUCGGUGUUUCAUCGUGCUUCUCUUGAAGUCUCACAGUCCAUUUUAAAAAGAACACAUACACCUAUUUUAACACACUUUUUGUUAAAAAAAAAAGUUUUUCCCCGGUACACUAGGUGUCCACUCGCUAUAUAUACACACAAAAGGUGUUUAUUUUUCUUAUCUUCAUUUCAGAACAGAUCCUCACACCACCACAAAGUUUUCUCCUAAGUUUUAUAUAACCAAACUAUUCAUUAUUUUCUUUUGUUGUUGGAAACCUAAUGGAUGCGUCAAAUGAGACGACGGAGAGAACCGAUCUCCAGCGACCGUUGGUGGACCAAAAGCCUCCAUCGGACGUUGGACUUGAGAGCGUUUUAACGGAGAGUAGCCUUCCGUACCGGAGGCGGGUGUACUUAGGCGCGUGUAUCGAAAUGAAACUACUUUUCCGGCUAGCACUUCCAGCUAUACUUGUCUAUAUAGUCAACAGCGGAAUGAGUAUAUCUGCACGUAUCUUCGCCGGACAUCUCGGUGGUAAAGAACUCGCCGCCGCUUCCAUCGGUAACAGCUGCUUCAGUCUCGUCUAUGGCCUCAUGUUAGGUAUGGGAAGUGCAGUAGAGACUCUAUGUGGACAAGCAUGUGGAGCUCACCGUUAUGAUAUGCUUGGGAUCUAUCUCCAAAGAGCAACAAUAGUCCUCGCUCUAGUUGGUUUGCCCAUGACACUAUUAUACACCUUCUCGUACCCGAUUCUAGUCCUAUUAGGCGAGCCCAAAACGGUAUCGUACAUGGGUUCCUUGUACAUCGCUGGACUUAUUCCUCAGAUCUUCGCUUACGCCAUUAACUUCACGGCCCAAAAGUUCCUCCAAGCUCAGAGCGUGGUGACUCCCAGCGCGUAUAUCUCAGCUGCCGCGCUUCUCCUCCAGAUCUCACUAACGUAUAUCACCGUUUACGUGAUGGGUUUAGGCCUUAUGGGUAUCGCUUAUGUCUUGACUAUCUCUUGGUGGGUUAUAGUUGGGGCCCAGACUUUGUAUAUCACGAAGAGUCAAAGGUUUAGACACACAUGGACUGGUCUUAGCUGGAGAUCGUUCCAAGGUCUUUGGAGUUUUUUUAAACUCUCUGCUGGUUCCGCUGUUAUGAUCUGUCUGGAAAUGUGGUAUUCCCAGAUUCUUGUUCUUCUCGCUGGUCUACUUAAAGAUCCUGCUCUGUCUCUAGACUCCCUCUCCAUCUGUAUGUCAAUUUCAGCUUUAUCAUUCAUGGUCUCCGUAGGCUUCAACGCGGCUGCAAGUGUACGGACAAGUAAUGAGCUUGGAGCAGCAAAUCCGAAAUCGGCAUUGUUCUCUACAUGGACGGCUACCUUAGUCUCCUUCAUAAUCUCCGUCGUGGAAGCCCUGGCGGUCAUGGCGGCACGUGACUACAUCAGCUACGUUUUCACGUCGGACGCUGAGGUGGCCAAAGCCGUUUCUGACCUCUGCCCUUUCCUCGCCGUCACCAUCAUCCUCAACGGAGUCCAGCCAGUCUUGUCCGGAGUGGCUGUGGGAUGUGGAUGGCAGGCAUUCGUGGCAUAUGUGAAUGUUGGUUGUUACUAUAUAGUUGGUAUUCCUGUUGGCUGCAUUCUCGGCUUCACUUUCGACUUUCAAGCUAAGGGAAUAUGGACGGGGAUGAUAGGAGGUACCCUCAUGCAAACUCUCAUCUUGCUUUACGUGACGUAUCGAACUGAUUGGGAUAAAGAGGUGGAGAAAGCGAGAAAGCGAUUGGAGAUGUGGGACGAUAAGAAGGAACCUCUUCAAAAUUAAACGAGUAAUGGAUUAGAUGAAAAGGUAUAACAACCGUGGAGCGAAAAAAGAAAAAAAAAUAAGUGUUCUCUUCGGAGGUGGUUUUUUUUGAAAAGAAGAUGGCUUCUUUUUAUCAUUAGAACUUAGGCUAUUCCACCAGAUUUCUUCUUUUUUUUUUGUUUCCUUGGAAAAUUUUCGUGGCGACAUCUGAUGGAUGGAUGGAUUACUCAUUCUAAUUAAGCAGUAUUUUAAACUGUAUUACUUUUGAUGACAAUAUUUAAUUAUUUAUCCUGGAUUAUUGAUGUAAUUGGACAAUUCAAAGCAAUGAUAGAUUAUUGCUCAGAAAAAUUAAAA